CGAUCGACGGAUAUCAAAAGACUUUAUUUAUAUAGAUUGUACAAUAUUUACGUAUAUAGUAUUAGUUUAUGCCGAUGUGCCAGAAGGCAAAUAAGUACAUAGUGUAUAUCAGGACCGGUAAAAGAUCAGUUUCACACACUAAAGCAAAGAAAUAUCUCUCAAAACACUCAAAGGUCAUCAGAGCCGCAGCACCAGACAAGAUGGCUGGAACCCCGAAUGAAUUCAUAUGCGUACACUGCAGGAAGCAAGUACCUGUCUCAGAAGAACAGUACAAGGAGUGGCACGGCAAGACUCAGAUCAUGGGCACUCGCAAGGGAGAGGUCAAGUGUCCACACUGCGAUCGAUACUUCUAUCCCGGCAAUCAACUAUGCGUCGUCAUGUGAGGACACCCAUGCAAUUUAAAAUUCUUGCGAUGCUAAUAGCCUAUGAAUACAUCGACUCAUUAAUAUAAUUGACGGAAGUAUCGAGAACAACGUACGAAUGCUGUGCCUGAAGGCUCGACUGUCCAAGCCCUGUAUCGCAUCCUCACAUGCUUGAGGAUAAGACUAUCCGGUACAUAGAGCGGGAUUGAAUUCCCUUUUGUAUAUCUGCAUAUCACACGCCAGUCUCGUUGACAUGCACUGCCCCCCAACACAGUGCAUAUGUGUAUGCCGAGGCCGUUUGUUAGUUAGUUGUGGUUGCUAUAGCAACCAUCUCAGUGGGGAUAAGAUGGGACUAGCGCAUGCAAACGAGGCAUGCACAUGUUCUUGCUACGCUUACUACGCCUCAGUAUGGAUACGAUAUUGAACAUAUACUACGAGUACAAUAAACAUAAUAUAUAUAUAUAUAUAUUGCUAGAACGAGA